AUGUUUCCAUCCAAAGUUGGGCAUCCAAUUCACAAUUUCUUCUACACUCUCUUACUCAUUCCCUUCAUCUUGAUCCUCAUCCAUCUUCACUACAUUCCUCAACUACGAACUACAUUAUCAAAAUCAUCCAAUGAAUGCACCGGAAAGUACAUCUACAUCCAAAACAUACCCAGUCAGUACAACACCGAUCUUGUUCGUGACUGCGAUAAACUCAGUCAAUGGACCGAUAUGUGCAUGGCUGUCACAAACACCGGCCUUGGGCCAAACAUCUCCAACAUCAAUAACGGUUGGUACAACACCAACCAAUUCACAUUAGAAAUCAUUUUCCACAACCGCAUGAAACACUACAAGUGUCUGACUACCAACUCUUCUCAAGCCUCUGCCAUCUUCAUCCCUUUCUAUGCAGGCCUUGAUGUUGGAAGACAUUUAUGGGGUACAGACACUUCAGUACGUGAUUCAGAUUCAAUGGAACUUCUCAAAUGGGUGAAAUCAAGGCCAGAAUGGCAAAGAAUGGGAGGGAAUGAUCACUUCUUGGUUGCAGGUAGGGUUACAUGGGAUUUCAGAAGAAUUAUGGUUUCAGGUUGGGGUAACAGCUUCUUGAACCAACCUGAGACUCAAAACAUCACAACACUUAUCAUUGAAUCCAGUCCAUGGCACACUAAUGAUAUUGCUAUCCCAUAUCCAACUUACUUCCAUCCUUCAACCAAGAAUGAGAUACUCUCAUGGCAGGAGAAAGUUAGAAAAAUCAGUCGAAAGUAUUUGUUUUCAUUCGCCGGUGCUCCCCGGUCGGACGUGAGUUCAUCAAUUCGCCAAAAGAUCUUUGAGCAAUGCGGAUUGUCGAAGAGAUGUAAGUUGCUUGAUUGUAGGAAUGAUGGUAAUGAGUGUUUCUCUGCAACAAGUAUAAUGAAGUUGUUCAAGAGUUCCAUUUUUUGCUUGCAACCAAAAGGGGAUUCUUAUACUCGGCGUUCAACAUUUGAUGCCAUGGUUUCUGGUUGCAUUCCGGUGUUCUUUGACAGUGAAUCAGCUUAUUUUCAGUACAAAUGGUAUUUGCCGAAGAAUUAUAGUUUGUAUUCAGUGUUUGUUCCAGAAGAUGUGGUGAAUGAAGGGAAGGUGAAGUUAGAGGAAUUGUUGAGUGAGUUUAGUGAAGGAGAAGUGAUAAGAAUGAGAGAAGAAGUGAUCAAGAUGAUACCUAAGUUGAUAUAUGGGGACCCAAGGGUAGAAUUGGAAGGUUGGAAAGAUGCAUUCGAUGUGGCGAUUGAAAGGGUGAUUGAAAGGGUUGGAAAGACAAGAAGUGAGAUGAAGAAAGGGGAAUUGAUAGAAGCCUCAGAUGAGAAGGAAAGUUGGAAGUAUGGUUUGAGUGUAGAUGGAGGGAAAUAUAAAUGGGAUGGCUUCUUUCAGAACCAUGUUUAA